AAAUAUUGUGAAGGAAAUUUUCCGUAAGAAUCUUUAUCCUAAAUAAAUAUGCAUGUUGCACGACGACUUUCACUUCAAUUCACAGUGACACCAUUAAAUCCUUCUUCAUAUAAACACCUUUUGGUGAAGAAUGUCAGAACCACGAACUCCACUACCUUCUUUUUCUUCAUCCGCCAUGGAUCCUUUCGACUUCCUCAAAAUCAAACUUAACCCCGACGGUUCCCUCACCAGAAACUACGUCGUUCCAACGGUUCCUCCUUCCCCGACACCCCCCACUUCCCAACCAUCUCUUUCCCUCGACAUCCCUCUCAAUGCCGCCGCCAACACCUCCCUCCGCCUCUUCCUCCCGCACCCUCCGCCCGCCCAAAAACUCCCCUUCAUCCUCUACUUCCACGGCGGCGGAUUCAUCCUCUACCACCCCUCCUCCGCCAUCUUCCACCAAUCCUGCUCCUCCCUCGCCGCCUCCCUACCAGCCGUCAUCGCCUCCCUCGACUACCGCCUCAGCCCCGAGCACCGUCUCCCGGCCGCCUACGACGACGCCCACGACGCCCUGCUCUGGGCCCAGUCCCAGGCCCGUGACCCAGCCCAGGCCCAUCCCUGGCUCCGCGACCACGUGGACUUCUCCAAGUGCUUCCUCAUGGGAAGCAGCGCCGGGGGAAACAUCGCCUACUUCGCAGCGCUCCGUGCACUCGACCACGAUCUCUCCCCUCUCAAAAUCCUCGGAAUCGUGAUGAACGUUCCCUAUUUCAGUGGGUCCCAGCGCUCCGACUCUGAGCUCCGCCUCGUUAACGAUCAUAUCGUGCCGUUACCCGCUAACGACCUCAUGUGGUCCCUUUCGCUCCCGGAGGGCGCGGAUCGCGACCACGUGUACUGCAAUCCGACGACGGCGGAGGCCGUUCACGGAGACAAAAUCGGACGGCUGCCCGCGUGUUUCAUCAACGGAUACGGUGGAGAUCCUUUGGUGGACAAGCAGAAGGAGUUGGCGAAGAUUUUGGAGACGCGUGGCGUGCGCGUGCAGAAACGUUUCGUGGAGGACGGGUACCACGCUGUGGAGAUCUUUGAUGAAGCUAAGGCCCUCGCCUUGGCCCAAAAUAUUAAGAACUUCGUCCUCUCUUUGACUUCUCAAUCCUCUAUUUGACUCUUUCAUUUCUUCUAUCAUUUUUAUUUCAAAAUGCUAGUUUAAAUGUUACAGAGAGAAUGCCAUAUUUAGGGUUGCUGUGCAUGAAAAAAGUUUGUAAUAAAUGUGAUGAAUGUAAUUGA